GAAAGAUUAAAAGUCUCCGUUAAGUUACGCAGUACGUGCCCCUGUAAUUCUGAAGGGGAAACCCCGAGUUCGAAGUUGCCAACGCCCGGUGUAGACACAAACGGACAGGGUAAGAUCUUGAAUGAGAAUAGUGGAUCCUGCUAAAGUACCACUAUGCAGACAAUUAAAUGUGUGGUUGUUGGCGAUGGUGCUGUGGGAAAAACCUGCCUUCUAAUUUCAUAUACAACAAACAAAUUUCCCUCGGAAUACGUACCAACAGUCUUCGAUAAUUAUGCAGUAACUGUCAUGAUUGGUGGAGAACCAUACACUUUAGGACUGUUUGAUACUGCAGGUCAGGAAGACUAUGAUAGGCUACGACCACUGAGCUACCCCCAAACAGAUGUCUUUUUAGUCUGUUUCUCUGUCGUUUCACCUUCAUCUUUUGAAAAUGUUAAAGAAAAGUGGGUACCUGAAAUAACUCACCAUUGUCCAAAGACCCCAUUCCUUCUGGUUGGGACACAGAUUGACUUGAGAGAUGACCCAUCCACAAUUGAAAAACUUGCAAAGAACAAACAGAAGCCCAUCACCCCAGAGACUGCUGAGAAGCUGGCUCGUGACCUAAAAGCAGUCAAAUAUGUUGAGUGUUCUGCUCUUACCCAGAAAGGUCUGAAGAAUGUGUUUGAUGAAGCCAUACUGGCAGCACUGGAACCACCUGAGCCGAAGAAGAAGCGCAAAUGUGUGUUGUUAUGAGUGUACUGUCCUGUCAUUCCCUUGGCUGGGUAUUAAAAUCAGAUUUUACUCCAAAGUAAAGCAUGCUGCAGACAGUAGUAUAAAAACAAAUGAGCAUACAUUUGGAAUAUCCAAUAAAUAAUUCUGUAUGAUCGAGAAGGAUUUCAAGAUGGGUUGAAAUGAGCCUUUAUGCAAAACAUUGCAAUGAUUCUCUUUUGGAUACCCUGAAGGUGACAUUAUUAAAACUAUGGCUUCAGGAAUGCCAUGGUAUAAUUAGGCUUUGUUCCUGAAGUUCGCAGUAGUCCUAAUUGCACAUUUUACAUGGGGCUUUGGUCAUGGUUCAGUCCAUAUCAGUAGUUGAAGCAGUCACAUGUUUGACUUGAAUAUGUCCUCCCUACCAAGAUGGAACUUCAGCUCUUUUCCACUAGCAGUUGCAUAUGGUUUUCAAACACUUUACCAUUUAGCAAAAAUAUUGUGAUGUAACAAUUUUUGUCUAGAUUUUUGGACUACUAUUAAAGGCUGACAGGGGAGUAGGGAAGUUUUAACAGUGUUAGCCGAAUAAGCGGUGUAUUAAUGUGAUGCCAGGGACCACACAGCAUUUAACAAGAACUUGCAAGGCAUAAUUGGUUCCUUGUAAUACUACUAAUGAUGUGGUUUGAUUUUUUUUUUUCUUUUUUUAAUUUUAAAAUGGCAGUGUUAUGCAUUUUUACCAAAACCUCUUUCCAUUUUAUUAAAGGAGAGUUUUACAUCUUUCGUUGUAUGGAGAUGAAUUAUACCAAAGCUUCGAAAUGCCUUUUGAUUUAAUUGGGGUGGGGAGUGCAAACCCAAUACCAACGAAGGUUUGGUUUUUGCUGGAAUGCCCCAUUUCUUCUACACUAUAAACUGCUUACUCGUAAACGAACAUUGGUAUGCUCUGUCAAGCGUUUCAUUCCAGCUUAAUUUCAUAUCUUAGCUGCAAACCAAAUGCUGUGUUUCUUUCUAUGUGCAUUUAAAUAUAUAUAUAUACAAAAUGUAUUCCUUAUGCCUUUACUGAUUUAUAUACCAUUGAUGACCUAUGAUGACUGAUUUUAGCCACAUUUCAGAGGAAAGGUGCAUUUAGGAGGUUCUCAUUUUGUUGUGUGAGCAAUUCAGCUUAUUCAGAAUUGAAUUACAUUUUCUGGGAAAAAAAGCUUGGGUACACCACUUCUGGAUGAGUUUGACUGCUUUGGCCCUAUGAAAACACAAAAAGUCUAUCUUUGGCAGUGACAUGUAUGUGCUUUGUGUCUGUGUUAAUCCACUAGUAAUUGUACUGAGGGAUUUUUUUUCUUGCAAGAUAGAAUUAAAGUAAAAUACUUUAAAAGCAAAUACAAUAUUCUAAAUGCCGUUUAGGAAAGAGAGAUGUUAGACUAGUAAAGACGGUACUGGAUAAGGGGCGUGGGCUUGGAACCUAAACUGUGCUAGCUGAAGUUCUAGCAGUGGCCUUGUCACAACAUAUGUAAUAAUACCGCAUUAUGUAAUAAUUUGUUACAUUGUCAAGUUUUCAUCACAAUGCUGUUAUUACAUAAUGUAUUGUCACAUCGUGUAGCAAAUUAGAUUUAUAGCCUACAUUAUUUUAUAUUUCAGCAUUUCCUCAAUAUCAUCAUAGUUCUAUUUGUAAUGUUAAAUUUACAUGUUUGAGUUAUCUAAUGUGGUGUUAUUACAUAAUGCAUUGUUACAAGCUUUCCUCUAAAACGUUUUGAGCAAGGAACCAGGGGUAUACAUUUUUCAUGUUCUUGUAAGAAGUUUUUUAGGACUAGCCUUUAAAUUUUCCGUACGACUAGCAUAAUUGUGCUCUUGCUCUGUUUCUUAACUCGGAAAGAUUUAAGUUGGUUCACUGAUAGGUAGGAAUUUUAUUUACCUCUAAAAUAAACAAUGGUGGCUUUCAUCCUUUCUGCUGGGUGUAUUAGUAUGUAUACUUUUCACAGUUUCUCAGAGAAAUGCUGUGUAACGUAUUGACAAAUGGUAUAGAUUUCCAAAAUACAACUAAUAUAAAUGUUUUUUCUCAUAUUUUUGGAAUGAGGUGAUUGUAUGGCUUGCAACUUAUAUAAUAAAUAUACAAUCUCUGUG